AUGAUCUUUAAAUCUAAAUAUCCUGAUAUAAAAAUUCCUGAAGUUGGAGUUUAUCAAUAUGUGACUAGUAAUCCGAAAAAAAUUUCGGAUGAUAAAGUUAUUUUCAUUGAUGGGAUUACUGGUAAAUGUUGCACUUUUGGAGAAUUUAAACAUGAAUCAAAAAAGUUUGCUGCAGGAUUACAAGAGAAGUUAGGAUUUAAACGUGGGGAUGUUUUAGCGAUAUUUUCUCCUAAUUUGGUUGAUUAUCCUAUUGUACUCUUGGGAGCGAUCGCAGCUGGAGGCAAAAUAACAACUGCCAGUCCAAUAUAUGAAGAAACUGAAUUAUCGUGUCAACUAAUCGAUUCAGGUGCAUCGGUUCUGAUCGUACAUCCAAUAAUUCUUGAAACCGCUAUUAAAGCUUCAAUCGAAGCAAAAAUUCCUUCCUCCAGAGUAUUAUUGUUUGGCGAUAAAGAAAUAAAUGGAUAUAAGCCUUAUCGUUCUAUUUUAAUCAAUGACCUUGAAAUUGAACCUGUCUAUUAUACUCCUGAAGAAGUAAAAACAACGACUGCUUAUUUACCUUAUAGUUCAGGAACAGUCGAAAAGCCAAAAGGAAUUGAACUUACUCAUAAAAAUAUAGUUGCUAAUUUGGCUCAAGGAGCUAAUGUAGAUCUUACACUUGGUCCAGACAGUAUAAUUAUGGGAAUUUUACCAUUUUGCCACAUUUAUGGGUUAAAUGGUAUCAUUAAUGCGACCUUAAUUCGUGGUGCUACUGUAGUCGUACUUCCAACCUUCAGUUUAAAAACAUACUGUGAAACAAUUCAAAAAUAUAAAAUCAAUCAUCUUUAUGCUAUUCCGCCAAUUUUACUUAGCCUUGUCAAUGAUCCAUCGGUUCAACAAUAUGAUUUAUCAAGUGUGAAAACAGCUUUAAGUGCGGCAGCCCCGCUAAGUGAUGAAUUAGCAAAAAAUUUUCACGAAAAGUUUAAAAUACCAGUUUGGCAAGCUUAUGGUCUUACUGAAGCGUCUCCGGUAGUAACUCAUUCUGACACAACGAAGAAUACGGUUCCAGGUUCUGUUGGCGUUCUUAUCCCAAAUGUGAAAGCCAAAAUAUUGUCAGAAGAUGGUCGUGAAUUGGGAUACAAUGAACCUAGAGAAUUGUGGAUUCACGGACCAAACGUUAUGAAGAGCUAUCUUAAUUAUAAAGAAGCUACAGCUAAUGUUUUCGACAAAGACGGGUUUUUUAACACUGGAGAUGUUUUAUAUGUUGACGAACAAGUAAUAGAUGCAGCAGUAAUAGGUCAUUUUUCUGAAGAAGAAAAAACUGAAGUUCCUGUAGCAUAUAUCACAAUUAAAAGUGAGUAUGAGCAAUCUCAAGCUUUAGCAGAAGAAAUUCAACAUUUUGUAAACGAAAAGGUUGCGUCGCGUAAAAAAUUAAGUGGUGUAAAGUUUAUUGAUAAAAUUCCAAAAAAUGAGGCUGAAUAG